UCAGUUUGUGCGAAGCCGAACGAGCACGAGGUUUGUUUUAAUUCACCCAACGUGUCUGGAAACCAGACGUCUAGGAACGCUACUGCAAGCUAAUUACGGUACGUGACCAUACGGAUCCAAGAUGGCCGCAUAGAAAACAUGAAAUCACAUGCAAGAGGCGUGCGAAGUUUGCCACGUAUUGCGUCAGAACCGUCUUGGAUAUAAAUUAUUGAUGUUAUGACAGUGAGCGGCACACCGGUGAGGCUGGACACAGGCUGUUAUGGAUGAGCAAGCCUUACAAGGACUGGGGCCUAUGGCCGACUCGGCCAGUCAUGCCAGGGCCCUGGCCUACUUUGAGCAGCUGAAGCAGUCGGAUGAGGGCUGGAAGCUCUGCGCGGAGGCCGUCGUGCAGGGGAUGUACGAGAGUGACCACAUCAAGUUCUUCUGCUUCCAGGUCUUGGAGAACUUCCUCAAAACAAGAUAUCCCACUGCCAUCCCGUCAGACCAGCAGAUCUUGAAGCAGUCGCUGCUACAAUGGCUACAGAUGCAGACCCUCUCAACCCGGGAGGAGAAGAGCUUCAUCCGCAACAAGGUGGCCCAGCUCUACUCCCUUCUCUUCAUCAAUGACUUCCCCCAUCGCUGGCUGGGGUUCUUCAGGGAUUUGAUUCAGCUCAUGCACACCGGCCCGUCAGCCGUGGACAUGUACCUGCGAAUCUUGAUUGCAAUCGACGAAGACGUGGUGGACAGAGAUCUGUUACAAACUCAGGAGGACGCCCAGCGGAGCACAGUAUUGAAGGACAGCAUGAGGGAGCACUCACUGACAGACAUGGUCAGCUCCUGGUACCAGAUCCUGAAAAUGUAUGAGAACUCCAACCCGGAGCUGACCUGCCUGUGUCUGGAAGUCAUCGGGGCCUACGUGUCCUGGAUCGACAUCAACCUGAUCGCCAACGACAGGUUUGUCUCCCUGCUGCUACGCUACCUCUCCGUCGAUGUCUUGCGGGAGAGUGCCUGUGACUGCUUCCACGAGAUCAUCAGCAAAGGAAUGGAUCCCGUGGCCAAGACCGAGCUGGUGGAAUCCAUCACUAAAGUGCUGCAUGAGUCGGGGGUCAUUCCGCCGUCGGACGACGAUGUGGAUUUCUUAGCCAAGCUGUCCAAGCUGACCAAUGGCAUCGGAGUCAAUCUCAUUGCCUCCUGGGAAAAGCUGCGUAAGACUCGAGACAGCGCCCUCACGGCCAAGACGCUGCAAGCCAUCGAGAGCAAACUGCCCCUUCUCUUUGAGUUCCUGGGCCACGAAGACGAUGAUAUCUCGCUGGCUGUGACGGGAUUUGCCCACGACUACAUCGGGGUUCUCAAGCAGAUCUCUAAGCCUAGCCAGGAACAGUUACGCUACGUGGAGAACAUGCUGUGUGUGGUCAUCCGCAAGUUCAAGUAUGAAGAGACGUAUAACUUUGACAGCCAGGGAGAGGACGAGAUUAUGUUCAUCGAUUACCGACGACAGAUGAAGAUCCUCUUUGACAACCUGACACAACUCAACCAGGCCUUGGUGCUUCAGGUGGUGCACUCGUUCAUCACAAACACACUGAGCCACUGGAAAUCAGUCAAGUUUACCGAGACAGAGCUAGCUGUGCGUCUCAUGUACAUGCUGGGAGAGGCUGUACCUGCCACCCAGGGAAACCACUUUGUAGGGGACCAGACUAGAGCUGAGAUCAUGAGAGAUCUUAUGAGAUUGCUUGUCACUAGUCGUGUAGUGGAACAUUCCCACUGGGCUGUAGGAUUACAGGUUUUUGAGACGAUUGCCCGCUACGACAAAUUCUUCAACUGCGAACCCCAGCACAUCCCCAACAUCCUGAUGGCAUUCCUAGGGGACAGGGGACUGAGGCAUUGCCACCCGACCAUCCGCAGUCGCACCGCGUAUCUCUUCAGUCGCUUCAUCAAGGCCCUGAAGCAUCACCUGACUGGGUUCAGUGAGGACAUCCUGAAGAGAAUACAGGACCUGCUGGUCAUUGCUCCUCCGGAGAAUGGCCACCAGUUGCUACUGACCAGUGACGACCAAUUGUUUAUAUAUGAAGCAGCAGGAACAAUCAUCUCAUCCAGCAGCUAUGGCCCUGAGAAAAAGGAGUACCUUAUGAAGAACCUUCUGGCACCGACCAUUGACAAGUUCAACACCAUGUUUGACAAGAUGUGCAUGGAGAAAGACGAACAGAAGAGGCAGAAGUAUGCAGAGGUGGCCGCCCAAUCCAUUGCGUUUGCCAGCCGCACCAGCAAGGCUUUCUACACCCAGCUGACCAUGAAGCAGAGCGGCUGCGAGGGGUGCUUCAUCGAGGCCCUGAGGGUCUUCCUACGGGCCCUGGACACCCCCUACCACCAUCAGAUCCUUCACUCGGUGGUCCGGCAGUACCUGCACCGCAUGAUCAUCUGCCUGGAGGAGUCCCUGCUGCCCUACGUGCCCAUGGCCGUCGAGCAUCUACUCAAGAAGUCAGAGGCUCGGGACAUUCAUGAGUUCAUUCCACUCAUCAACCAGAUCGCUAGCAAAUUCAAGAGAACCAUAGUUCCCUUCAUGCGCUCGGUCUUCAUGCCGAUAGUCACUACCAUCUUCAGCGUCCUGGGCCAGCCUGCCGACGAGCUAGACAUCCAGGCCAAGCAGGAUAAAGACCUACUGAAGAGGAGCUACUUCCAGUUCCUGCAGACGCUGGUUGCCAACGAUGUCAGUGAGGUCAUCUCUAGCCAAGAUGCUGAGAACUUCAAGCAGGUGCUGCUGACUAUCAUCCAGGGGGCUGUCGAAUCUCAAGACCCAAUAGUCCAGAAGACAGCCUUUGCCAUCUUGAGGAAGCUGGUGGAUAAAUGGGCCGGCAAAGAUGGCCUGCCAGGGUUCCGAGACUUCAUCUAUAAAUACAUCGUCCCAGCGUGCUUCAUGGCACCCCUCAAGGCAACAUUCAACCUCUCGGAUGGACAGACAGUUUUGGCACUGAACGAAGACGCAGCCGUGCUGAAGUCAGUACUAGCAAAGGAGGGAUCUCAGUUGAUCAGCUUCCUGCAGCAGGAUUACUUCCCUUCCUUGCCUCUAGGCCCAGAGCCUGCUCAGGCCUUCUGCCGUGCAUUGCAAGAGAUGGAGCUGAAGAUGUUUAGAAAUUACUCCAAAGUUUUCUUUGAAUCGGCCAGAAAAUCGUGACAACAGGAUGUGCAGAAUUUCGUGUAGACAUAACACCUGGUUUAGGAUGUUCUUUGCAAGGAAUAGCUUGUUCAAAUUACAUACUAUUUACCACUUUCCCCGUUAAUUCUUUAUGGCGUAAUCAUGAAUCACAGCAAAAAGAAAAAUUGAAAUAUUCAUUGUUCAUUUCUUUCGCAGGUUAUUUGGGGGAAACUACUCGAAUAAAAUGAUCCCAAUAUUGUACAUAGUCCAGCCUAAUUUGUAUUAUAACUGUAAAUUGUGUAUUUGUCUCUACUCUAAAAGGUUUUAUUAAAGCAAAAUAGUAAAUAUGUCCAUUCAUUUGCUGCCAACGGCCUUUUUUGGAGGGUGUUAUAAUUUUAUUUCUUAGAAAUGGGAUGUUCAUACUUUUCUUGCAGGAGGGGAUGCUUUUGCUGAAUUCAAUUAUUUAAUUCAAAUUUAUUUAGGCCAAGAGGUUAUUUUUAGCACAAGAAAAAAAUUAGCGACAAGAAGCCAUUUACAGAUAUCAGUGAUCGCUCAAAAGCUAUUUUCGUAACUAGAUUAUCAGUU